UUAACAAACAACAACAAACGCUUUUAUUGCACAAACAAAUAACAAAACAAAAUCAACGCGUAACUACUCAAGUAAGCUCUGGCCGCCGAUAUAGAGCCGUCCAAAUCUCUGCACUGUUCCGGAUAAAACUUUCUGAAUCCGCUUCGGCUGGUUUUGGCCAAAAUACAUAUUUGAUAGUCGUGCAACUCCUUCAUUGCCAGCUUCUCUUUAAUGUCAAUUUCGAGCUGUCGUUUGUAGUAGGGCAGAGUGACUUGAAAUACGACGUUGGCAGGAUUUUGCACUUGUCUCACGAACACCGAGGUAUCUGCGAUAUCAUCCGGCUUCAUCACGCGCCAUUUUAACUUUAAAACAGACUUUUUACUGCAAAAACAAAAUAAGUUUUGUAUGUGGCGUACAAUCGCGAUACUUACAAUGACAGCGCCCUAAAUUUCAAAUCGGGCAAAACAUCAAACUUCUCCUUGUCCAAAUUAUCCAGGAUUUUUGUCGUAUUAAUAUUGGAGGGACAAUUGAGCUUUUCCUCGGACAGCUCGUGCAGCCUUUGUCCUUUCAAAUAUGGCGGGCUAGAGCAAACGAUUUCCCUGUAAAUAGGAUCUACAUUCAAUUGACCAAUCAAAUAACGGAGAAGGGGUCUUAGGAAACAGUCACAAUGAAUUGGAUUGCCUCGGUACUCGAUUUUGGUUCCUUUGACAAUCAUUUCAGUAGAUACGUUUACCAGGCGAUUUUCUUUUAAGUCCAGCAAUUCCAAGCUGGAGGCAUUUUUUAGUAGGCCCCACGGUAAAUCCUGGAGUUCGUUGCUGGCCAAAACAAGUCUCGACACGUUUUCCGGUAGCCGGAAAAUUUCCGGAUCGCUGGUCAGGUCGUGCAGGGCGUUGUGCGACAAGUCCAGCGAUUUGAGCCGCGUCAGGUUACCUAUCACGAAUUUUCUAAUAUCUGCAACAGCGUUAUGGCUGAUAUUUAAAUAUUCCAACUUUUGCGUUCCGAAAGUCAAAUCGUACGUCAGCACUGGUAUGGAGUUGUAGGACAGGUCGAUGCUUUGCAGCUUGUAGGGCACCCAAGGGUUGCUGGGAAACAUUUUUCUUGUUACAAAGGCGAUUUUGUUGUGGCUCAGGUUCAGCUGUGCGCGAAAAGGAAAUAUAUUGUAUAGUGGGAUUUAGCAGGGACAGUUUCUUACCCUUUCUAGCGACAGGCAUUCUUCGAACGGACCGUUGGUUUUGUUGUCCAGCUUUGUUAAUUUGUUGCGGGAAAUAUCCAGAUCGGUUAGAGCCACCAUUCCUGAAUAAUUUAUCAAUACAAAAAAUACCCAAUGAAAUAACUUACCUUGGAAAGCUCCGUUUGGUACGGUGGUGAGGUUGUUGCGGUCCAGCUUCAAACGGAUGAGUUGUAGUAGGCCUUCAAAAGCUCUUGCACUGAUGUUUCUGAUGUUGUUGCUGGACAGAUCCAGUUCGAACAUGACUGGCAUUUUUCCGAAGGCGUUGCGAUCCAAUUUUGUCAAGUUGUUACCCUGGAAUUGAUUAAUAAAGGCUCCAACUGGGUAGAAUAUCAACUAAAAAGAAUCACUGACGAAGAAGGCAAAUUUCCUUUUCUCUAGGGUCUUUCCAUUUGAAUUGAAUUGAGACAAAAGAUCACGCGGUGACUUCUUCUUAGCUGGUUUUAUCUUAUAAAGAUUUACCUGGACGUACAAGUACUGCAAAGUACUGAGGUCGCUUAUGGCUGCCCAGGGUGGCCGUGUCAUGCCGUUGUAGCUCAAAUUCAACCUGAAUAGAACCACUAAUUAUUUGAUCAACAUUCAUUCAACAACUCACCGUUGUAAAGUUAGCAAGUUCUUGAAGCUCCCCUGAUCCAGGCUGUCGCCCAAACGAUUAAAACUCAGAUCCAAGCUAAGCAACGAGUUCAUUGAGGGCCACAGUUUUGCUGGUAAAGUUUCGAACUCGUUGUGCGACAGAUCCAGGUUAGACGCGGAUAUCGGUAGAAUAAACAAGGAAUUGAGUUUGUUGUGGCUCAAAUUUAGUUCUCUGGUGCUCUGCAGCCUUGUGAACGCGCUUUUAGCAAUGUUGUCCAGGCGAUUGUGGCUUAAAUCCAAAGCCAGUAGAGUCGUUAGAGGUCCGAAAGUGCUCGGCUUGAGCGUUUGCAUGGAGUUGUGGCUCAAAUCCAGAGUUCGCAGGGAAAAUAGAGUUUGUAGCACUGAAUUGUAGAUAUCUGUUAAAUUGUUGUAAGACAAAUCGAUGGUGUGCAGCUCGUACAAUUUGGGAAACGUCUUUUUGGGUAUAGACUCGAUUCGAUUGUGCGAUACGUUUAGGAUUUUCAGCCCGGUCAUAUUGUGAAGGGGAAUCUGCAAAAUAUUAAACUAAAGGCCAAGUAAUAGACAAAUCCUGAUUACCUGAUCCAAGCUGGUGAAGAAGUUGUAGGAAAAUUGCAAUUCAGUCGCGUAGGUGUUUUCGUCGAAGGCCUUUUUGGGUAAAUCUCGUAGCUGGUUGAAGGACAAGUCUAAUUUGGUGAUGUUGGCGCAAUUUUCGAAAGCACCGCUGUCGAUUUUGCUUAUAUUGUUCCUAGAUAGAUUGAUUGCGGACAGAAAUAUGUCUUUGAAGGCCAAUUUUUCGAUUUCGGUCACUGAGUUCUCAGAGACGUCUAAGACCUAUUUUAUAAUUAGCUUAACUCGAUUUAUACUGGAACUUACCUCAAUAUAGUUUAACUGGUAGAACAUUUGGUAGUCAAUUUUCCGGAUGGCGUUUCGUGCCAGGUCGAUGGUUCCGAUGCGUUGCAAGGCACCGAAAGUUCCGCGCCCGACAUCCGAAAUAGCGUUGUCGGACAAGUGGAGCCUGCGCAAAAAUCGCAUGCCCCUAAACGAGUUAGAGUCUAAUUUUUUCAACCGGUUAUGGGACAUGUUGAGGACUUUCAAUACGGUAUUACGUGCGAACGAGCCCCUAUAGAAAUGUACAAAAAAAUCACAAAUUUCAUAAAAAAAUCUCAAACUUACCUGGUAAGCUCUUGGAGUUCAUUGUGCGAAACGUUCAACCAGCCCAACUUGGUCAGAUCGCCUAAAUGGCUCGAAUCGAUUUUGGGAAUGUUGUUGUGGCUCAAAUCUAAUACUUCCACGUCUCUUAAACCCUUAAAUUGGCUUUUUCUAAGAUUUUGAAGCGCGUUCCCGUGCAAAUCUAGGGUCCUUAGCUUUCUAAGAAACAAACCUUUGUUACUGCAGUUUCCUUACCACUAAAUAAUUAUUACUACCUUAAGGAUUGCAAGGCUUCAAUUGGCAGCUCACUCAAUAGUCCGUUGACCAGAUGCAACUUUAGUAAUUUUCCAUUCAAAUCGCUUUCGAAAAAUGCGUUUUUCGGCAGCUCCUCUAUCCUAUGACCGUCGAUGUUGAGCGUCGUCAGAUUGCCUAAAAUCUGGAAUAAUUUUUAAUCGCAUUACUGGGCCCAUAACCACUUAUCGCACCUUAAAUGCUCCACUAGGAAACUCCUUUAGACUAGAAUUAAUUAUGUGGAGUUCGUUUAGAGUCUGAUUCACGCCCAAAAACGUAAAUUCGUCUAUAGUUUCCAACGGAGUCUGUUCAAUUCUCAAUACUCGUAAUUUCAAUUUGUAUAAAAGACUGCCGUACAGUCUACCCAUACGACAGGAAUUGACUAGUAAAUUCUCGAUGGGUAUUUCGAAGGUGGCUAAGUUGUUGAGGGCCAAACUCAUGCUGGCGAUGUUGGUGUUGUUGCAGCUGAUCCACAGGCCUUGGUCGGUUUCCUGGUCGCAAGUGCAAGGGUGCAGUAGAAGUGGUUCCUCGGGGCAUCUGUACAAAGGGCCUGGCGGGACGUAGCCGCCUAGGGCUUGCUGACAUACGAACAACAGGACUAGACGAGUGAUGGACAUUAUGGUACUACUAAAACUUAACUUGACUACCAAAAAAAAAAAAAAACUAUUUAAUUACGUACCUAAAUUGUAAUAUUCAUUUUAUCAUUUUGAAUAAAUUGCUUUCGCUGUUGGGAAUUACUGUAUCACUUCUGUUGGUUCUUGGUCACAAAAACUUUUACUUUAUGCGGUGCCAAGGUUGAACGUACCCAUUUGUUCUUAAUGUUAAAAGUCUCCGGUGGUACCGUCCGGCUAGCGACAUCUAGUUUAUGGCGACGUUACCAUUAAUACAUAUAAUUGUAGAUUUCGCUUUUGGUUUUUAUUGCAAAUAUCUUAUGCUGUGUAAAAAUAUUAUCUUAAAACACAGUAAUUAUCGCUAAAUCGAUUCCUUGAAACCUCAUUUGUAAUAAUAAUUCCCAAACAAUGAAUCACACAAGUGUAUACUGCGGUUCUCCUUAUCAACAAUGUCUAUUUCCGUUUACAUAUUAUACGCAGAGUGAAUAUUUUAUUAUUUCUUUCGUGUCUUUUGUUGUCACAUGUUUCAAAAAAUGAAUAUUUUUGUGUGGGUGUUUGUGAUUUCGAUCAAAUUUUGUGCGGCACAGGAUUGCGAAUCAAAAGCUCACUGCGACGAGUGCAUUCAAGAAUUGGGAUGCUUUUGGUGCACGAAAGCGCCCAAUGGUACCCACUGUUUGCUGGAAAGCGAAUCGAUUUUGUGCGACGUAAAAAAAUCCGAAAACCCUCGGUACUCGUUUUCGAUAGUGAACGAGCGCCCCUUAACGGAAACCGAGCAGAUCAACCCUCAAAAAGUUGUACUCAGGCUUAGGAGGAAUGAGAAAUUCGAAAUUGAUUUCCGUUACAGGCAGAGUGAAAAUUAUCCAGUGGAUCUCUAUUACCUAAUGGACUUGUCAUUUUCGAUGCUGCAAUCUAAAAAUCGCUUGGCCGAACUAGGAGGCAAACUAGCAGACGAAAUGAAGCGAAAAACCAACGAUUUCCGAAUCGGAUUCGGCAGUUUUGUGGAUAAAAGGGCUCUACCCUAUGUCAACACGCACCCGAACGCUUUGCUCAGUCCGUGCAAAGGGUGCGCACCGCCCUAUAGUUUCAAAAACCACCUGUCCUUGAUGACGGACGCGGCCCUUUUCUCGCGCCGAGUGCGAGAAACGCAAAUUUCCGGCAACCUGGACACGCCGGAAGGCGGUCUGGACGCCAUCAUGCAGGCGAUAGUUUGCAAAGAGGUAAUCGGAUGGCGGCAAAAUGCCCGACAUUUGCUGGUGAUGUCGACCGACGCCGUCAGUCACAUAGCGGGCGACGGCAAAUUGGGCGGCGUCGUGGAACCCAACGACGCCCGAUGUCAUUUGAUUAACGACACUUACACGGACGAGCACGCUUUAGUCUACGAUUACCCUUCGGUGUCGCAAAUAAACUACGUGGCGCGCGAAAAUAAUAUCAACCUGAUUUUUGCCAGCGUGCUGAAAACCAAAGCCGACCGCGAUCAUUUGAAAAACCACUAUCAGGCCAUGUCCGGAGCGAUAGAAAACUCCAAAACUGGCACACUGGAUGUGGAUUCGGACAAUGUCGUUAAUCUUAUUUCGGAUAUUUACGACCAAAUAAGAGAUUCGGUUAAAAUAACCUCGGACGCUCAAAAAGAUGUGAACGUUAACAUAACUUCGAGUUGUCCCAACUAUUUGGAUGGUAGAUGUUACAACGUCGAAUUGGGCCAAACUAUCGACUUCAAAGCCACAAUAGAACCAUUGGUGUGUCACAAGAACGCCGAAUCCAACAAGAGAACAAUCAGAAUAAAGCCCGAAGGCCUGGAAGACAGUCUCGUAAUCGAGCUGGAAGUGUCGUGCGAGUGUUCCUGUGCCGCCGACAAGCUACCGCUAGCCGAAGAGUGCAACUCCGAGGGCGAUCUAGAGUGCGGCACUUGUCGGUGCCGCGAGGGCCGCUUGGGCGAUCGCUGCCAGUGCGAUCGCAACGAGAGCAAAGGCGAAGAUCCGAGUCUUUGCGUCAAACCGCACGGUGCCAAAAACGAAGAGUGUUCGGGCCAGGGCAAGUGCAAAUGCGGCAAGUGCGAGUGCAAACUGGGUCCGAACAACUCCGAACGUUUCACCGGCAAAUAUUGCGAGUGCGACAAUUUGAGUUGUCCGCUCAAGUGCUCGGGACGAGGCACGUGCGAGUGCGGCAAAUGCGUCAAUUGCGGAAAAGAUUGGUCAGGAGACGAUUGCGGCUGUUCGCUGGACGAAACUCGAUGCGUGAUGCCUGACUCUGGUAAGUUGUGCUCGGGCCGAGGACGUUGCCGGUGCGGCAAGUGCGAGUGCGACAAGGACGGCAAAGAACGAUAUUCUGGAAAAUUCUGCGAAGAAUGUACCAGUUGUCCGCCGCAAAGGUGCGACGAGUUCAAACCUUGCGUCGAGUGUCAAGCGUACGGAACGGGAAUUUAUGCCAAUUCGAGUAGUUGCCUGGAAAAUUGUACUCUGUUCCGCACUGAAAUAGUGGAAAAGUUGGAAAAUAGGGGAGGCAAGCGUUGUAGGGUUGUGGUGGAAAAAGACUGCACCAUGGUGUUUGAGUAUAGUUACGACAAAGACGAAAAACUGACGGUCAGUGCUGAAAAGCAGAAGAUUUGCCCGGAACCGCCGCCACUUUUAGCCAUAAUUCUGGGCGUGAUUGGUUCGGUUCUUCUAGUAGGCAUCGUCACUCUGAUUAUAUGGAAACUAGUGACGACGGUGCACGAUAAAAAGGAGUAUGCUCGUUUCAUGGACGAACGUAACCAGACAAAAUGGGCGACCGAUGGUAAUCCCUUGUACAAACCGGGCACCAGUCACUUUCAGAAUCCCGUCUACAACAGAGCCAGUCGGCUCUCCAGGAAACUUGAAGCCGAAUCUGAGAAAAUUGAGUGAUAUAUUACGAUAAAAUUACUAUUUUUUGUUUCAUUUUUCUACCUAUAUCCUCUUCAAAUUGAUACAACUUAGCAGCUAGAUGGCUCUGAGUGUUCCAAAAUGUGAUUUAAUAUUUUUAUGGGAGUAACCAGAACACACAAUAUGUACUUAUUAAUAUUUAAUACACAAUAACAUUACACCCUCUACAUGAGCCCUUCCAUUUCGGCCAUAAACCUUUUAUAAGCGUCGUCUUUGGUGCGUGUGCCACCUUGCAAUUGACUAUUCAAAUUCAUCUCUUUUUGCUUCAACUCUCUCACUAGACUGGUAACCGAUUUACCGCCGUUUUUCUUUUCUUCCCGCUUCACUCUCAAAGCGGAGGGUACGAACCUGGUAACGUCCGCGCUCAAAUUACGUAUUUGGGGCUUCGCUGAUAUAGUGGCACCUUGUUUAGAGUCGUUCCUUGAAACAAAACAUAUUAUAUUAUUUAUCAGACACAAAAUAAUUAAUUAAUUACCUGUUGAUCAAUUGAGGGGCGGCGGACAGGACGUUGGGCUUGUGCUGAGAAAGUCCCUGCAACGUCCCAAGCAAAGGCGGAGCGGGAAUCCGGAUCAGACGCGGCGUGGAUCCAGGUCCUGGUAGUCUCAAAGUAGGCAUACCAGGCGGCGGGCCUGGCGGUAGCAGUGGUCUACCAGGCGGGGGG